AUGGCUGCCCACGUUAUAAGGUAUGCGAGUGGAGAUGAAUGCAAUUACUUCUCUUGGUUUGAUGAAGAGGAAGGUACAAAAUGGCAAACAAGAGCUUGGACUGAAGCCCGUGAUGAGAUCUGGGAGAAGGACAUAGUCAUUGAGAAGUUAAAGAAACCAUUUCAAGAUAGAGAGAUGAAGAUUAAAUUGUAA